AUGGAAGCAAAGAAAAUCCCAGAGGUAACACUAAACUCAGGGAAAAAGAUGCCACUAAUAGGCCUAGGAACUGCAGCACAUACUCUUCCACCACAUGCAGCUCUCACCUCAAUCUUCAUUGAUGGCUUUGAAGCUGGAUACAGACACUUUGACACUGCUUCUUUCUAUGGAAACGAGGAGCCUCUAGGAAAAGCUGUGGCAAAGGCUUUAGAGCUAGGCCUUAUAAAAGGCCGUGAUGAAGUCUUCAUCACUUCAAAACUUUGGUGCACUGAUACACAACAUGACCUUAUCCUUCCAGCACUAAAAACCACACUGCAGAAGCUGGGACUGGAGUAUGUGGAUCUCUAUUUGAUUCAUUGGCCAGUGAGGCUGAAACCUGGAGUUGAAUUUUUUCAUAUGUCAAAGGAGGAUGUGCUGCCCUUUGACAUAAAAGGAACAUGGGAAGCUAUGGAAGAGUGCCAUAGAUUAGGUUUAGCCAAGUCUAUUGGUGUCAGCAACUUUGGCAUCAAAAAGCUCAACCAGCUCUUAGAAAAUGCUACUAUCCUUCCUGCUGUCAAUCAGGUGGAAAUGAGCCCAUCAUGGCAGCAGGGGAACCUUAGAGAAUUCUGCAAGCAGGAAGGAAUCCAUGUGAGUGCAUGGUCACCACUAGGAGCUUACAAAACUUUGUGGGGUUCAAAUGCAGUGAUGGAGAACCCAAUCCUUACGAAAAUCGCUCGAACAAGGCAGAAGAGCGUGGCUCAGGUAGCACUAAGAUGGAUAUAUGAGCAAGGGGCAAGUGCCAUUGUGAAAAGCUUCAACAAGGAGAGGAUGAAACAAAACCUUGAAAUAUUUGAUUGGGAACUGGGCCAGGAUGAAUCACAGAAAAUCAGCCAGAUUCCACAGCGUAGGAUGUUUUCAGGAGAACAAUUUGCAUCCGAAAAUGGGCCCUUCAAGUCCUUGGAAGAACUGUGGGAUGGAGACCCCUGA